AUGUGCCGCGUCGUACUGCAACCAGACCCAGUACGUCAAUCAUCAGUUGGGGGCGGGGCUCCCAAGUAUUCCAGGACAGGGGAUAGCCGCGCCACCGGACGAGAUAACUCGUCCGACGUCCGUUCACGUCGCGGUAGUUCAACAGCUGCUCAACUAGAUAGCGCUGUCCACCGCGAGAGUCCUCUAAUGGAGGUGGAGGAGGAGGAAAGACGCUCUCCACACGAUCAUGUGGAUCGGUGUGUUCCCGAGAGCUUCUUUGAUCGCGUAACGCAAGGGUUACGCGACGAUCUCGAACAUGAGCGGAAUAGGCGUCUCCAAAUGGUGGACACUGCCUCGAAGCAUCGAGCUGAGUUUGCCUUUGCUCAGCUUGAGAACGAGAGAGCUCUGACAUCUCUUCGUGGCGAGCUAAGGGUAGCUCGUGGGAUUGUUGAUCGGUCUCGGGAUGAGAUAGCUGCUCUUCAGACCCUUGUUGAUGCCCACCAUCAGGAGCACAAGGCUCUCUGCGAGAUGCUUGACCGCAAGGGCGUUCUUCAUCGGAAGAAGCAGCGUACUGAUGGUACGGCUUAA